AUGGAAACCACUGUUGAGGGAGGGGCCGGGUACCGCCGCAAAGCCCUGAAGUGGCACCCGGACAAGAACGCGGAAAACAAAGAGUUUGCGGAGCAGAAAUUCAAGGAAGUGGCGGAGGCGUAUGAAGUCCUGUCUGACAAGCACAAACGGGACAUAUACGACCGCUACGGCCGGGAAGGGCUGACGGGAGCGGCAGGGCGGGGGUCCCCGCACCACGCCGAACCCGGAGCCGCCCCCUUCACCUUCCGCAGCCCGGACGAGGUCUUCAGGGAGUUCUUUGGGGGCCGAGACCCCUUUGCCGACCUUUUGGAUGAGCUGGGCCCCUUCUCCGAGGUCCAGAGCCGGGGGAUUCGGACGCCUGGCUCCUUCUUCUCCUUCUCUUCCUCCUUCCCUGCCCACUCAGACUUUUCCUCCUCAUCCUUCUCCUUCAGCCCCGGGGCCGGCGCCUUCCGCUCCGUCUCAACGUCCACCGCCUUCGUCCAAGGCCGCCGCGUGGUCACCCGCAGGAUCGUGGAGAACGGACAGGAGCGAGUGGAGGUGGAAGAAGACGGGCAGCUGAAGUCGAUCCACAUUAACGGGAUCGCGGAUGACCUGGCGCUGGGCCUGGAGCUGAGCCGGCGGGAGCAGCGGGCGUCCGCCGCGCCCCCCAGCCCGCGGAGCCCCCCGGACCCCGGACCCCCGGCCGGCCGCUGGGCCGAGGAGGAGGAGGAGGAGGAGGAGGAGGACGACGAGGACCUGCAGCUGGCCCUGGCCUACAGCCUGUCGGAGAUGGAGGCCGCCGGGAAGCAGCCGGCAGGUGUGUUCUGAACUGGACGCCCGCGACCCAGAGGCGCCGCCAUCCUCCUCCGAGACUUUCCCCGCCGUCCCCCUCCACUUCCUGGGGCUGGGAGCACUGGUCAGCGCUUAGUACAGUGCUCAGCACACAGUAAGCGCUCAAUAAAUACGAUUGAUUGAUUGA